AUGGGAAGAAGAGCGCAGGUCUGUUUCGGGAUUUUAGCCCUGCUGAGCAUUGCACUUAUUUCGGUCGCUGAGGAGGUCACUCCACCUCAUUAUCAGGAGCACCUUGAAAAGAAUAGUGCAGUCCACCAAGACGCUCAAGAUCAUGACUUGGACCAAAUUCAUGAUGCAAAUCACGAUGACGGCCACAUUCAUGACCACAAUAAUGAGCACGAUCAUGGCCACGAUCAUGAGCUCGAAAAGACCUUGCAGGCUACAGAAAGAUUUUUGCCGUUAGUUUGGGGUCAAGCACUGCUCGCCACGGCCUUAGUGGGCGCUGCACCCGUGCUAGUGUUGCUUGUGGUGCCGCUGGGCGUUGGUAAUCAAGAAAGACAGCAGCCUCUGCUGCGUAUCUUUCUAAGCUUUGCUGCUGGUGGAUUACUAGGUGAUGCACUGCUGCACCUACUACCUCAUUCGCUUCCGAAGGUUGCAGGACAUGCAAAUGAACAUAACGAUCACAGUCACGACGGUCAUGAUCACAACCACGAGGGCCAUAGCCACUCCGUUGCAGACCUCUAUGUAUGGCUUUGGACGCUGGCUGGGAUUUUGGUAUUUCUGUUUCUGGAGAAAUUUGUUCGGGCGCAAACUAGAGGGCAUGGGCACUCGCAUGGACACUCUCACGCUUCAGUAUCCCUGAAAGAUGGUGGGAUAUCCUCAGUGUCGACCAAAAAUCCCUCAGCGAGGAAGCGCAUUCUUAAAGAUGAAUGUGCAGAAGUUUUCGAAGAGAAGGUGAUUGAAGCCACGGAGCUUGGUAAAAAGCCAAUCGCACCUGCAGGCUAUCUCAAUUUGGCGGCGGACUUUUCACAUAACUUCACGGACGGUUUAGCUAUCGGUGCCACGUUCCUCCGCGGCUCUGGCUGGACCACGACAGUGGCGAUGCUGCUGCAUGAAUUACCACACGAGAUCGGUGACUUCGCCAUUCUUAUUCAAUCAGGUUUUACACGACGUGAAGCUAUGGCCACGCAGUUGCUGACUGCCAGCGGAGCUAUGGUCGGCACUGUCAUUGGUCUUGUAAUGGAAGGCACUGGAGACUCAAGCUCUGUCUGGAUCUCACCCUUCACGGCAGGAGGAUUUAUUUACAUUGCAUGCACCAGUGUAAUGCCGGAAUUGCUGGAGGAUUGUUCGCUGGCCCAGUCGUUAAAAGAGGCAGGAGCCAUGUGUUCAGGCAUCGGCCUUAUGGUCGUCAUUGCUUUGAGCGAAUAG